GCACUGGAGGAGCAGCGGACGCAGAGGGGACGGGACUCAGAGGGGACGCGCGGGAACCAGAAUCAAACAGGGAAACAGCCUCUCCACAAACCCAAAAGCACCUCAAGUCUGACCUUUGAUGGGAAGAACUCUUGAAGCCAUGACUGCCUCGUGGCUGCUCUCUGCUCUCGCCUUUGCCCUCCUCCUGGUCAGACAGGGCAGAGCCUGGUCCUACCAUGCCUCCUCGGAGCUCUUGACCUUUGACGAGGCCAGCGCCUACUGCCAGAAGCAUUACACCCACCUGGUGGCGAUUCAGAACCAGGAGGAGAUCCAGUACCUGAACUCCAUACUCAGCCACUCACGCAAUUACUACUGGAUCGGGAUCCGCAAGGUCGAAGGCCAGUGGGUCUGGAUAGGCACCGGGAAGCCUCUGACGGAGGAGGCCGCGAACUGGGCUCCCGGGGAGCCCAACAACAAGCAGGCCAACGAGGACUGCGUGGAGAUCUACAUCAAGCGGCCACAGGGCCCGGGCCAGUGGAAUGACGAGCGGUGCAGCAAGGCCAAGCGCGCCCUGUGCUACACAGCUGCCUGCACCCCGUCGUCCUGCAGCGGCCAUGGGGACUGCGUGGAGACCAUCAACAACUACACCUGCCAGUGCCACCCCGGCUUCCGUGGCUCCCAGUGCGAGCAGGCGGUGACCUGCCCGGCCCAGGACGCCCCUGAGCACGGACGCCUGGAGUGCACCGAGCCCUGGGGGAGCUUCAGCUACAACGCCUCCUGCGCCGUGAGCUGCGAGGAGGGCUACCGGCCCAGCGGCCCCCGGGCCGCCCGCUGCACCGCCUCCGGGGUGUGGAGCGCGCCCCUGCCGGGCUGCGAGGUGGCCCAGUGCCCCGAGGUGACGCGUCCCGCCCACGGCUCCGUGGACUGCUCCCGGGGCCCCGCGGCCUUCCCGUGGAACACGACCUGCGCUUUCCGCUGCGAGGACGGCUUCGCGCUCGUGGGGGCCCCGCGCCUCCGGUGCACCGCGGCGGGGCACUGGGACCACGAGGAGCCCACGUGCUCAGCCGUGACCUGCGGUGCCCUGGACCCCCCUCCGCACGGCUCCGUGAGCUGCAGCCUCUCCCCCGCCGGGGAGCUCUCCUUCGGGUCCUCCUGCAGCUUCGCCUGUGAGGAGGGCUUCCUGCUGCGGGGGGCCGCCCGCGUGGAGUGCACGGCGCAGGGGCAGUGGGCGCAGCCGGCCCCGCUCUGUGAAGCUUCCCGGUGCAAAGCCCCAUCCAGGCCCGAGAGGGGCCACGUGAGCUGUGCCCCCAGCGCUUCCGGAAGCUUCCAGCCCGGGGCCAGCUGUGCGUUCUCCUGCGAGCAGGGCUUUGUGCUGACGGGACCCGCGAGGCUCCAGUGCGGCCCCACGGGGCAGUGGGACAGUGCGGAGCCCACUUGUGAAGCCGUGAGAUGUGACCCUGUGCCCCGGCCCCGGAGCGGCUGGGUGCGGUGUCGCCACGCCCCUGCCGGGGAGCUCACCCCCAGCUCCUCCUGCGCCUUCGGCUGCGAGGAUGGCUUCCAACUGCACGGGGCAGCUCGCCUGGAGUGCACGGCUCGGGGACAGUGGACACAGGAGGCCCCCUCCUGCCAAGUGGUGCGGUGCUCACACCCGGCAGUGCCCGGCAAGGUGGCCGUGAGCUGCGAUGGGGAGCUCGUGUUCGGCGCUGAGUGCACCUUCGCGUGCCCCGAGGGAUGGACGCUCAAUGGCUCGGCGGCGCUGACGUGCGGUGCCGCAGGACACUGGUCCGGGAUGCUGCCCACCUGCGAAGCCCCCGCCCCGUCCAGCCUGCCCCUGGCCAUCGGGCUCUCCGCUGCGGGGACCUCCCUCCUGACGUCGGGGUCGUUCCUCCUCUGGCUCCUGAAGCGCCUUCGGAAGAAAGCAAAGAAGUUUGUUCCCGCCAGCAGCUGCCAAAGCCCUGCCUCAGACGGAUCCUACCAGACGUUAAUCUCAGUCCAAAAGGAAUCAGGAACACAGGUAAAGGAGGGAAUGAGAGCGAUGCCCUGAGGACGGCAGAGGCAGAGAGCUCUCCUUGGAUCUCAGACCUUUGUCACUUACUGCAGCUGGACUGCAGUGCCCCCGAGAACUUCAAAGGACCAAAGUCCCGUGGGCAAGGCCAGCCUGCCAGCAAAAUGACUCAGUUUUCUUUGUCCUGUUUUAAGGAUGUGCAAAGUGCUGGAUACCAGGGGGAAGGACAUUCUCUUCCAGACAAAAGCAAAGAGCCCAAGGCUCUGGAGUCUCAGAACUCCAUUUCUAACUCUCCCUCACUCCUGAUGAAAUCUUGGUGGAGAAACCCAGUAUUUUGUGACAUUGUUUCUUUCUUUUGUCCUUCAUCUGUAUAUAUAAAAGCCUAAGUUACUGAACGACCGGUUGACCAGUUGCUAUGACACACAGUGACCACCAUGGGGAAGACACUCAACACAGGAGCUGCCCCUUGGUGGUCAGUGCGCUCCAACAGUGGGAGCGCCACUCAGCUGACUGACCCAUCCCAGUGGCCCACCAUCCCAGCGGCCCACCAUCCUUGUGGCAGCCACUCCCUCCCUCAGUAGUCCUGCAGGUCCAGUUUCCAGAGAAUGGACCAGGCACUGAUUGACUGGUGCCGCCAGCACGAUCCCGACAGCACCCCAGGCCUCCUGGAAGUCGGCCUCGGGCACCACGGCUGCUUCCCCUCCCUAGAUGCUUCGCAAGGAAGACAUUAUAUAAAAGCGGUCUCCAGGUGGCUCCCGACAACCGGUGUGAACAUCAGCAGAAUGGAUCCAGAUCCUGGGCUAGCAAGAGCGUCCCAUCGCCUGCCUGGAGGGCUGAUCGCAUCCCGGCCACCCCUCUCACCCGCCUUGGGAUGGGUGCAUGAUCAGGACUGUCUUGGCGUGAGCCCGCGGCAGGUGCAGCAGCGUCGGGAUGAGCGGGAGCAGCAGGCGUCGUUGGCUGCCGGUUUCAGCCCUGAGGGACCCCAGCUGUGCACGAAUUGGUGCACCAGGACUCUAGUAGUGUUAUAACUACUGGUUAUAAAGUUGCUGUCAUGGGCUGAAUGAUAAUUGUCAAAAGUUUAGAGGAAGCAAAUUGUACAAAAAUAGUCUGUUACUGACUUGAAAAAAACAAAAACAAAAAACCAACACCUGCGUGGAGAUUAUCCAACAAAGCCUGAGCCACUUUGUUCCCUGUGGGACUCAGUGCUCUUUAAAGUGUUCUUAGAGAUAGCAUUCUUCUGACUUGCAUGGAGAUGUAUUCCAUGAUUCUUAAUUCAGUACUACACGUGUUACAGGGACUUUAGCAUAUGUAAGUGUUAGGACUAUGACCGGGCAACAAUCACUCUCCUAGAUCACCACCUCUUUAUUUAUUAACAGAUUCUAAUGUCGCAUCCGCAGUGACUUUAUUUCGAAAAAGGGCAAAUCCUAUCCCCUGACAAUGUACAGUGGUAAUUAGUGAACAUUGUUAAUUUUUUCCUACAGUUGCUUUUAAAAAACGGAGUAGUACCAGGGGAGUAAAAGCUAAGUGGCAGAUACUGUGCACUGUCAGUUAAUUUUUCAGAUAUUUGUGGUUUCCAUGAUGAAAAACUUCCAGGAGACCAAAUGUGCUGAUUUGGUAAAAGCAUACGUGCAAAGGAAUGAAGGUACCCUUUUGUGAAUGUCUUAUUCACCCGCCUGUAGGAAUAAGGAUGUGCCUUGCAUCCCCAAAAAGAUGUGUAUCGGAUGUGAUGUGUCAGCAUACAGUCUUGACUAGUGCAAGGCCCUGAGUCCACGAUAGGACCUGCCCGGUCCUGGGUUCACCCAGCGGGUUUUCACAAAGUGAAGAUGUCGAACGAUUAUUUCCCAGUUGUUUUCUUGUGUGCGAGGCUGUUCUUAAAGGGAGGGAAGCCUGGAUGAGCAAGUAUUUAUGUUUGUGUAGAAAGGAGCUUAAAACUCCUAAGGAAUCCAGCUAUUGAUCGCUGGCACUGAGAAGUGCUGUGAGUGACUGCAGGGCUGCUUCAACCUUGCAGGUGUGAGGGUCAAAGCUCCCUCACACCCCCGACGCCUCUGCAUGUGCCGAGGAAGCCACGCUCAGGGGGGCUGGGGCGCUUUGGCCCAGGCAAAGCCCGAAGUAAGAGGAGAGGCGAUAGGAAUCAGGACGGCAGGGGUUUUGAAGGGCAAAGGACCCUGGGAAAUAAGAGAAAGAGGAUGCAUGUGAAAUGUGUGAUCAGGAAAUGAAUGGCCAUUUUAUCUGAAACUGUCCAAAUGUAAAUGUUUAUGUUAUUGGGUUGGGAGUAGCUGUGUGAGAUAUAAGUGUGUCUGUGUUUGGGUUUUAUAAAGUAUUUUAAAUUAUGAUUUAAAAUAUUUUACAAUGUUUAAAAUAUGUAUUUAUUUAAACGUAUGUCGUACUUAUUGUAUUUGACUUGGCACUAUGAAGUUUGAUAAUAAACAUGUUUAUAUGUA